AUGUCAAGUCAAUUAGCUCCAAUACCAAUUUUAAAUCAAAAUGCCUCUGAAGAAAGAGGUGAAAUUGCUCGUUUGUCAUCAUUUGUUGGUGCAAUUGCAAUUACAGAUUUAGUAAAAACAACUUUAGGACCAAAGGGUAUGGAUAAAAUUCUUAUUUCAGCAUCAAAUCCAAAUGAAUUAAUUAUUACAAAUGAUGGUGCUACCAUCUUGACCAAAAUUUAUAUCGAUAAUCCAGCCGCAAAGAUUUUAGUAGAUAUUUCAAGAACUCAAGAUGAUGAAGUUGGUGAUGGUACAACCAGUGUCUGUGUUUUAGCUGGUGAAUUAUUAAGAGAGGGUGAAAGAUUAGUUCAACAAAAAGUUCAUCCACAAACUAUUAUUAGUGGUUGGAGAUUAGCACUUGAAACUGCACGUGCUGCAUUACAAUCAUCAACUCAAGAUCAUUCUUCAGAUAAAGUUAAAUUUAGAGAAGAUUUAUUAAAUAUAGCAAGAACAACAUUAAGUUCAAAGAUUUUACAUACAGAGAAAGAUCAUUUCGCAAAUAUGGUAGUUGAUGCAGUUUUAAGAUUAAAUGGAAAUACCAAUUUAGAUAAUAUUCAUAUUAUAAAGAAGAGUGGUGGUUCAUUAAGAGAGUCCUAUUUAGAUGAAGGAUUCAUUUUAGAAAAGAAGAUUGGUGUUGGUUGUCCAAAACGUUUAGAGAAUCCAAAGAUUUUAAUUGCAAACACAGCUAUGGAUACUGAUAAGAUUAAGAUUUUCGGUGGUAAGGUUGUUGUAGAUUCAAUGACUGAACUCGCCAAAAUGGAAGAUGCAGAAAAAGAGAAAAUGUUGAAUAAAUGUAAAAAGAUCGUUGAUCAUGGUAUCAAUUGUUUCGUCAAUCGUCAAUUGGUCUAUAAUUUACCAGAGCAAUAUUUCGCCGAGCAUGGUGUUAUGUCAAUUGAACAUGCAGAUUUCGAUGGUAUUGAACGUUUGGCUUUGGUAACUGGCGCUGAAAUCGUCUCAACUUUUGAUCACCCUGAAUUGGUCAAGAUUGGCACUUGUAAACUCAUUGAAGAGGUUAUGAUCGGUGAAGAUAAGGUCAUCCGUUUCUCUGGUAUUCCAUCUGGUGAGGCUUGUACCAUCGUUUUACGUGGUGCUACCUCUCACAUUCUCGAAGAGGCUGAACGUUCCAUUCACGAUGCACUCUGUGUGUUGGCUGUAACUGUAGCUGAAACUCGUACUGUUUUAGGUGCUGGUUGCUCAGAGAUGAUCAUGAGUAAAGCUGUCGAUGAAUUGGCUGCAAUCACUCCAGGUAAGAAAGCAAUGGCUAUCGAAUCUUUUGCCAAAGCUCUUCGUCAAAUUCCAACAAUCAUUGCUAAUAAUGCCGGUUACGAUAGUUCAGAAUUAGUCUCUCAAUUAAAAGCUGCCCAUCAUCAAGGUGAUAAAAAAGCUGGUCUCAACAUGAGAGAUGGUUGUAUUGGAAAUGCUGAAGAAUUAGGUGUCAUUGAAUCAUUUAAAGUUAAACAACAAGUUUUAGUAUCUGCUCACGAAGCCGCUGAAAUGAUCAUGAGAGUUGAUGAUAUCUUAAGAGCUGCUCCAAGACAGAGAAGUAAUCUUCAACAUUAA